GCCUCUGUGUGCGCUGCUGUGUCUCUUUAAGUACAGCAGGCAGUGCUGUUGGGCCGUGUGGGAGCGCAGGGCGCACGGUGCGGCGCUGCCUCUCCGCAGCGUCAACAGCCUUCCUUCCUCACAUCGGACAGGCGACAGAACAGAAAAGACAGGUCGACCCACCGCCUGCAUCACAUCCACGCUUUGAACAGCUGACUGGAGCGUGUGAAACGAAGAGUGGACUGUCUCAGCGGGGCUGAUAUAUACUGGUGAGCCUCCAGGGCCAUUAACAUCACUCCCUCCUUCUCCGACUGGAAGCUAGAAGCAUGUAGCGGUUUAUCUGCGGUACCGUACAGUAGAUUAUUGUACAGCACUGAGUGGCUAUACGAGCUAAUGAGAUUGAAAAAAAUAAACUAACGUUAGUUAUCUGCGGAUGAAAGCACAGUAAAAACAGACUAUUAGAGAUAUUUGGCUGAAUGAUCGUGGCGAUAAAACAUCAUGUCAGAGCCUGAGAGAUCCUCAGCUAAGUUGCGUCCUGUGAGCUGCAUCAAACCAUCUGCUGAAGCCUCCUUUUGACUCGUGUUGAAGAUGGUGAGUCACGCCCUCUCUCUCAGUGAAUAGCCAGCCUCACAAAGGAGAAAGGAUCUCAGCUCAGCCAGUAAAUAAAACCCUCUUCCUUCUGCACAGCGUGGGAGAAGUGCCACUGUGGUGCUAGUGUAGUAUCUCUGUAGGCUGAUAACUGGAGUGAAAGCAGCGUUGAGGGAUCAUCUUUCACUGAGCCACUCGACUUUCAUGCCGUGGCCCUGGAGCCGGCUCUCAGGGCUGGACUGUCAGCGGGAACGCAGAGAGACUCACAUGGACUCGAUCAGCAGAGCUGCACAGUGCAUAGGUGUAAAGCAUCUUCCUCAUGAGAUCGAAAAAGCAUACACGAGGGAAAAGCCAUGUUAUUGUUUGGAUGACCUUCAUUAAGGAUUAAGACAUUUUAACUCACUUUUUCUUUUUUUUUUGUUGGGGCCCAGUCGAGCUUUGUGGUGGGAACAGGGACAGCUCGUGUUGAUUUUUCUGCUUUAUGAGUUUUCAUCACUGGGAAAGUGUGUCUGAGUGGCAGGGGGAGCCAGCAUGGCCAAGACUCUGCUGAAGAUACAGCGCUAUUUCCGCAGGAAACCUGUCCGAUUCUUUUCCCUCAUCCUACUCUACCUGACUGCCGGGAGCCUCGUCUUCCUGCACUCUGGCUUCGUCGGGAACAGCGGCCCCGGGUCCAGAGGGGGGAGCCGGGAUGCUGUGGUAGCUUCAGAGAUGGGAAGCCGGACUUCAAUGUCAGACACUCGUGGGCUUGGCAUCAUGAGUCGAGUGUUUAAAGAGACACGCAGGUCUGGACGGAGGUACGGCCCUCCGUGGAUGAAAAAGGCCAGACAGGAGGGCCGGGAGACGGUGCGCAGGGGGGGAGACUACACCAACAACUGGAACCGUGCACUUAAAGGCCGCAGUGCCAAAGAUGUGGACGAUGGAAGAGCAAAGUAUAUCGGCUGCUACAUUGAUGACACACAGAAAAGAGCGCUGAGAGGAGUUUCAUUUUUUGACUACAAAAAAAUGACUGUAUUUCGUUGUCAGGACAACUGUGCGGAAAGAGGGUACAUGUACGCAGGUCUGGAGUUCGGAGCAGAGUGCUACUGCGGUCACAAGAUCCAGGCACCCAAUGCUUCAGAUAGCGAAUGCAAUAUGGAGUGUAAAGGAGAGAAGAGCAACCUGUGUGGAGGAGCUAACCGACUAUCCAUCUAUAGGCUGGAGCUGAGCCAGGAGUCGGCGCGUCGCUAUGGCAGCGCCAUUUUCAAAGGCUGUUUCCACAGGCCUGACAAUGUCACUCUGGCACUUCCCUUCAGCGCACUCAUCCAAAACAUGUCUGUGGAGAAAUGUGUGGACAUGUGCACGGAGAAGGAGAAAACGCUGGCCGUUCUGGCUGGAGAUCGAUGUUACUGUGCCUUCCCGACUUCUCGCUUCUCCCUUCAUGAGCUGGAGGACGAGGGCAUGUGUGUCCACCGCUGCCACGGGGAAGAGUUUGAGAGCUGCGGGAACAACGAGUACUUUGUGGUGUACCAGACGCAAGUUCAAGAUAACCGUUGCAUGGACCGGCACUUCCUACCCACUCGUGCCAAGCAGCUGGUGGCCCUUGCCAGUUUCCCCGGGGCCGGAAACACCUGGGCUCGCCACCUCAUAGAACUCGCAACUGGCUUCUACACCGGCAGCUAUUACUUUGAUGGCUCCCUUUACAAUAAAGGAUUUAAAGGGGAGCGGGAUCAUUGGCGGAGUGGGAGGACGAUCUGCAUUAAGACACAUGAGAGCGGCAGGAAGGAGAUUGAAUCCUUUGACUCCAGCAUCCUCAUGAUCCGAAACCCCUACAAAGCCCUCAUGGCAGAAUUUAACAGAAAAUAUGGCGGCCACAUUGGAUUUGCUUCCCAGGCCCACUGGAAAGGGAAAGAGUGGCCCGAGUUUGUGAAGAAUUAUGCACCUUGGUGGGCGUCCCACACAUUGGACUGGCUGAAUUAUGGGAAGAUCGUCCAUGUGGUCCACUUUGAGAAUGUGAAGAGGGACCUGUUCUCCCAGCUGAAGGGGAUGGUCCAGUUUCUGGGUUUGAAGGUUUCUGAGGACCGCCUUCUCUGCGUCGAGGGCCAGAAGGAUGGAAACUUCAAGCGAUCUGGGCUACGAAAGCUUGAAUAUGAUCCCUAUACUCCUGAAAUGCGAGCAAACAUCAACGAACUGAUCAGAACAGUAGACGCUGCCUUGAGGAAAAGGAACAUGUCUGGAGUUCCAGAAGAAUAUAUGCCAAGAUGAUAUAUGUGAUCCCCUCAUUUUCUUUUUUUUCCCUCCUUUAAUUGAACUGUUCUGUCAACAGACUCUGCACCAUAUUUUGUAGGAAUACAUGACUUAAAAAUGUUUUAAAUUGAGUUUUUUUUUUGUGAACAUAGGUUGAAGUUGUAGAAAGAAGAAAUCUCUUUACCCUCCUAUUUUAAUUUUCUAUUCAUGUUCUUUAAUCUUCCAUUGCACCUCAGCAAUUCCAUGCAUUCAUUUUUUUUCUCUUUGGCUAAAUGAAAAGUACUUAUCUAUAACUGCUCUAUGCACAUGUGCUGUGUAGGCAUGUGCACAUGCCUUAACAUGAAGAAGGUACAAUAGCUGUGAUUACAGAGAGGCUCAUCUGACUGUGCUGGGUGAUUUGUUGCCAGUGGAAAAACAUGUGACCCAAAAGAUAUUAUACAAUACCGCGAAGUGUGUUAUAUAAGCUUAUUUUGUGCUAAAGAGAAAUAUGAGAAAUCAAAACAUUACAAUGUAUGAAUCUUCUGCUGCUAUUACAGAUACAGAAAAAUACUAUUUUAUACACAAAAACUUUAAAACCUUUAGCCCUUUGUCAGAGGGAAAAUGCAAUAUGCAGGCUUUAACUACCUGAUGAUGAUACUGUGUGUUUCCAAGUAUUUGUACAGUAUGUUAUUCAACUUACUGUAUGUAAGAGGAAUCUUGUUUUCAAUGAUGAAGAGGUAAAGAACUCAGCUCCUCGUAUUCAAGAAGAUGAAUAAUCCCUCUUGAAGGCACUGACAAGGAGAGAAGAAUAUUUAUCUCGACAGCAUUUAUUUAUCUCUGGUGUGCAGUGCACAUGUCGACUAAUUUGGUUGUGAAUAUGUUUUCUUAACACUGGACUCGAUGCAGAAAUCCAAAAAGCACUUUGCUGUGCAACACUUGGCCCAAAGAUCACUGAGGAAUAAGGCAUUACACUCGGCAUUAGAUCGGAGGUUACCUUUAGCAGUAGUGAUCGUUAUAGAUUUAUUUUAUAAGUUAAUCAUACUGAAUGGGAACAUUUUUUUUGUUGUUGUUGCUUUGUUGUAAGAAGAACAAUGAAACAGUUAAAGAUGGUGAUAAUUUUACUCUUCAUAAUAAUAAAAAAUCUCCACAAAUGUGUGAAAAAUUCUGCCCAGAUUUUAUAAGCAGCACGUCAUAUAACGGUACUCAAUGUGCUAUGCCAUAUGCUUAAAAAUAAACAAAUACAUAAAUAAAUAGAUAAAUAAAUAAAACACUGGUGACAAAGAGCCAGAAAACAUUAACUGACUUCCAUUUUCAGAAUUAUAUAAAUAUAUUUUUUUAUAGUGUGUGCUGACACAUCGGCAAUAUUUGUAUUGCAACAAGCAAAACGGGAGAAGUGGUUUCUAUUUUUAACACAUGCUUUAAACUUUAUUGGCUCUUGCUUUCAUUGACAAGCUGGCACUUUCUCAACAUGUGUCACAUUUGAAUGUAUUUUCUAUGGAAUGAAUGUAAUGUGAUAAGGCCCAAUAAAUGAAUCCAUAAAAUGA